AUGAGUACUACUGAAGGUGAUACUUUCUCCAAUCUGAACGAUACAAGACUAGACAACGUAUUUGACGAAGACGGAAACUCGUUAAGCGACCUGGCUUUUGGCACUGAUCAAAUUGCUAUACGAAGUCCUCCAUCUCUCACGGAUGACCUGUACACACUAUACUAUCCGCCAGAGAAAAGAACGGAAAGGCAUGCAGAUGGAUUAUUAGAUAGAGCCUUGAGGGACAUCCUGGUUCAGUUAUCAGCACGAAAAUAUCUGCAUUCUCUGAUGGCAGUUCGCGUAGGCGGAGGAAGCAGCGAGGAGGACGAAUCGGAAACCUUAUCAAAAAGGCAUUCGGAUGGGAUCUUCACCGACAUUUACAGUCGCUACCGAAAACAGAUGGCCGUCAAGAAGUAUUUAGCAGCCGUCCUGGGAAGAAGGUACAGACAGAGAAUUAAAAACAAAGGACGUCGAUUUGCUUAUUUGUAGCGCUGACAAAACUGCCCCCAACUGCCCCUCCAUGUGUACAUUCAGUCCUAAGAUCAAAGUCAUUCUGAUAUAACUGAUUAAUCAGUGGAUCGCGCCUGUGUUCUUUAAACAUGUAUUUAUGUAUGAAGUAAAGCCAUUAAAAUGAAUAUUUUACUAAUAACAUUGUUUUUCUUUUUGUACAAAAGCACUUGAAAUUGCACAGUUAUAAUUUGUGGACCAA